AUGGAGACGUUAGUCGAGAAUGGCGCCGGCCAACUCACCAUCCAGAAUCUACAGCCCCCAGCGAAGCGAAACCCUACAAGCGCGUUGACCGCAGAAGACAAAGAAAACCAAAAGCAAGUCGCCGAAGCACGAAAGAAGUAUGGCAGAGGACGACCUGUCAGAGUCAACGAAGUCAAAGACAAGAAGCUGCGUGCAAACCUCAAGCGGAUCGAGAACAAAUACCGAACCGCAGUUUUGAACGCAAAGGAUGCGGAGAUCCUCUACGAGAACCAGGAAGGUUUUCUUCAGCCCGAGACCGAACUUGAGAGGACAUACAAGGUCCGGCAGGAAGACAUACUCGAUGCGGUUGGCGUGCAGCAGGCAAGCAAAGCCGUUGAGUUCAAACUCGAUCUUGGGCCCUAUGUGUCGGACUACACGAGGAACGGGCGCAGUUUACUUCUCGCGGGGAGGAAAGGUCACAUCGCCACCUGUGAAUGGCGAGCAGGGAAGCCAGGGUGCGAGUUGAAUUUGAAUGAGACCAUACGAGAUGCAAAAUGGCUGCACAACGACCAGUAUUUCGCCGUGGCUCAGAAAAAGCACACUUACAUUUACGAUCAUGCCGGAGUCGAGAUUCAUUGCUUGAAGAAAUAUGUGGAAACCACACAUCUGGAGUUCUUACCCUACCACUUCCUGCUGGCGGGUGUGGAAAACAGUGGAUUCUUGAGAUAUACCGACACCUCAACUGGACAGAUCGUGGCCGAAUAUUCGACCCGGAAAGGUGCACCCACGGCACUCACUCAGAACCCAUACAAUGCAAUCCUACAUGUCGGUCACCAGAAUGGAUCCGUGUCGCUAUGGUCGCCCAAUUCCACGACGCCUCUUGUCAAGAUGCAGUCUAACGCCGGGCCUGUUCGGUCUAUUGCCAUCGACCGGUCCGGGCACUAUAUGCUGUGUGGUGGCCAGGACCUCCGGUUGAAACUUUGGGACAUCCGUGCUUUGAAGGAAGUACAAUCCUACAGAACUCAUCAACCCGCGUCUUCGAUCGACAUCUCAGAUCGCGGUCUUGCCGCCGUUGGCAGCGGGACUGGAGUGACUAUUUGGAAGGAUCUCUUCACCACCUCGACUUCUGCUGAUCCCAUGAAGGUCCAGUCGCCAUACCUAAACUGGGGCAACGACGGACGUCGUGUCGAAAGAGUUCGUUUCUGCCCGUUUGAUGAUAUUCUGGGCAUUUCACAUUCGGAGGGUUUCAGCAGCAUCGUUGUGCCCGGGGCAGGUGAACCCAACUACGACGCCCUUGAAGCCAAUCCUUACGAGACACGCAAACAGCGACAAGAGGCAGAAAUCCAGUCUCUGCUCACCAAGCUGCAGCCCGAGACUAUCGCCCUGGACCCCAACUUCAUUGGAACAUUGGACACCCGUAGUGCAGAACAGCGGCGGCGAGAGAAGGAUCUUGACGCGCCUCCUGUGGAUCCUUUGGCCAAGCUGAAGGAGCGGAACCGUGGACGGGGCAAGAACAGCACGGUGAGGAGAUUCCUGAGGAAGAAGGGCGGCAAGAAUAUCGUGGACGAGAAGAGGCUCCGCCUGGAAGAUAUGAAGAAGCAACGUGCGGAGAGGGACAAUGCGAAAUUGAAAAAGGACAAAGUCGAGCUGGGACCUGCUUUGGCCAGGUUUGCCCGGAAAGGGGCAUGA